CAGCACCAGUUCAGUUCGCAUCGUGUCGAGGUCGAGCCGGAAUUGAUGCCUCAAUUUCAAUUUCAAUUCGGGGACCGUUGCAGUUGCUGUUGCUAUUCAGUCACCUUUUCUCAAGGACGUCUCUUUUCUUGAGGGCAAGUUGUGAGAGUCGUCUGAUCUUUGUCGCCUCUUGAUUGCCAAUCAAGCCUGAAUCAUCAUUGAUACUGUUUGGAUUGUUUUGCCAGUUUUGAGCACUGAGCAGCGAUGCUGAAGGUCGCAGUGAUUGGGGCCGGAGCCGCCGGGCUGGUGGCUGCCCGCCUGCUGUCUGCCGAGCCUGCCGUGUUUGCGCCGCCCGUGGUGUUUGAGCAGGCGGCUACCAUCGGUGGAACCUGGGUCUACACAGACCAGGUCGGCAAGGAUCGCCAUGGCCUGCCCAUCCACUCCAGCAUGUACCGAAACCUUCGAACGAAUUUGCCCAAAGAGGUAAUGGGCUUUCCAGAUUUUCCAUUUAAGGAAACAAGCUACAACGGAAAGUCGUUUAUUUUCCACGAAGAAGUGCUCGAUUACUUGCGCAGCUAUGCGUCUGAGUUCAACUUGGAACGAUUCAUUUCGUUUGAGACACGUGUGGAACAGGUGACCCCUCUGAGCGUGGGUGACCCUCGCUCGGGAUGGAGUAUCACCACUCGUAACCUGACCACGGGCGCGGUCGAAAACCGACACUUUGACGCGCUGCUGGUGUGUAACGGUCACUACUCGGUUCCGGCCGUGCCCAACAUACCGGGACUGAAGGAGUUCCAGGGGGAGGUACUGCACAGUCACGACUACCGCUUCCCUGAGCCGUACACAGGAAAGAGGAUAAUUCUGCUGGGAGGCCGGGCUUCGGGCAUCGACAUCUCCAUGGAGGUCUCCAAAGUGGCCAAACAGGUGUACCUCGCCCACAACCAGCCGCCGUUCCCUGCCACGCUGCCCGACAACAUGCGCCAAACGGUGGGCAUUGAGCGGAUGGACGGCAGUGAGGCCGUGCUGCUCGACGGCUCCAGGGUCGAGGUCGAUGUGCUCAUGUUCUGCACAGGCUACGAGUUUGUGUUUCCGUUUCUGUCGCCGGAGUGCGGUGUGUCAGUGGUCGACCGCCAGGUCCGGCCGCUCUACAAACACCUGGUGCACACCGAGUACCCACGCAUGGCGUUUGUCGGCCUGCCCACGGUCGUCCUGCCGUUCCCGCUCUUCCACAAACAGGUGCAGUUUUUCCUGGCCAGUCUGACGGGCCGGCUGCAGCUACCUUCCCGUGCCGAGAUGACUGAAGACACAGUGCGGGACCUACAGCGUCGCCUCGAGAUGGGUAUGCCGCGGCGGUACGCCCAUUUCCUCGGCCCCCUCCAGUGGGAGUACUUUGACGAGCUGGCGGCCAUGUCGGGCACGGCGCCGAUGCCACCCGCCGUCAGGGAGCUCUAUGAUGAGGUCCACGUGCAGAGGUGUCACAACCUCUCCGGCUACAAAGACAAGGCGUUCAGGAUCACCGGGCCCGACUCGUUUGUUGAGGUGACAGAUGAGGUGAUGAAUGAUUUGUAUAGUAAGCUCUGAAAGAGGGGGUGGCUGUUAGAGAUUACGGAAUAAGCUCGGCUCUCAAAGAAGGGGUGAUGUAAGUUGUUGGAAAGGAAGGAUGAAUGCUAGCUUUAAUGGAAGGGUGUUUUAAGUUGGUGGAGAUUGAGAGGAACUGCAGUAGUUCUGAGCGAUGGGCUGAUGAAAGCUCUCUGUAGAAUGGGAUGAAAGCUAGCUAGAGUGGGGAGCUAUUUCUUUCAGUAAGGACGGGGUUACACGAUGCACUGUUGGUGGCGCGCUGUGAGGAUGAUUGAGUGAAGAAUUGACUGCAUUGGGGUGGGUGCAUUUUAACAAAGGGGGGCAUUUCAAGCACCCUGCUACAUUAUCCAGAGGGACUGACGGCACUCUAGCUGGGAUAGAUACUGUGCUUGCUCCACGCGAGCAAGCCUCCUGGUUUUGUUUUGUGGCAUUCAGGGACAAAGAAGGCUCUUGCCAAGUAAGCCAGAUAGCGAUCGCUCAGUUUUUCCAUAGCCAAGUUCUGCAUAGCUGACAGCAAACUGGGACAAAGAAUGACGUUCGUAUGGUCUGUGGCCUGUGCUCGGGUAGCGCUUUUUGAGGUAGCGUUCAAGUAGUGUCGUAAAGGUGUCCAUUGGUGUUAGUGGUUGAGAUAAGGCGAUCUUUUAGAACGAUACCCACCCUUUAAAACUUGGCGAGUUAGGAUGCGCUGUGAGCAGCAGCCUAGGAUGGGGUUUAGUGUUACUGGUUUGUAUUGAUUGUGAUAGGCUGUCCAAUGUCCAUUACUAAUGCUUGUUGGUGCUAACCAAGGCAAUAGCGAUGCCGUUGUCCAACAAUAAUGGAUGUGGAUGCGAUGUGGAAGUGUGAAUUGCGAGAGCUUAUGUGCUAUUUUUGUAUGGACGGUUUGAGUCAGUUCAAGAGCCAGAUUUAUCCAGAGGCGAAGUGAUUUUGAUAUCGCAGUUGCUUUUGUUUAUGCAGCAGCUGUUUCCUGUGCUAGCUAGUGCAAUGGUAUUGAGCUUUUAUCGGUAACAUUUUCAGGCGUCGUUGAAUCGUCAGCGGCGCGGCCAAUAUGUGUUGUAACAUGUCCUGUGCCGUUCUCAGGGUACAUAUUUGUAAUGUGCAUAUUCACAGUUCUGCAUGAUUCACAUGCAUUGGAAAUUGAUCGGUUUGUGACUGAAUCGUGCCUUAUAGAAUUACAUAUAAAUAUUCAGUCUAUUUAGACUACAGGCUACGCUUGUGUUACAUACACUCGUGUGCCUACACACGAAGGUCGGUUUUGUUAGAACGACGGCACUUAUGCGACUGUUGCAUUAUGGGGCGUAAUGUCACCCCAUCCAGCCGUGCCAAUGUAGCGUUGGUCUAGCUAAAUACUUAAUACCAGUAUUUGGUGGUCUUUGUGCCAACGCAGUGAUUCGUGUCACAAUAAUUGUUUGAAUUUGUACCUUUGUGAGGUGAUCAUUUCAGUGCAGCCGUUAGUACAUAUAGGUACUGAUUGCUAGGGAAACAGUACUCUAAUCGAAAGGUGAUUUACAGAUUCUGAAGGCCUAUGAAAUGUAGACGGGUCGUUUUGGAAGCCUAUCAGCUCUGAGUGGCUGACGUGCUCGUUUGUGGUGCAAUAGAUCGGUGAAUGAAUUA